GUGUGAAGGGCAGCCCUCCUUGACCAAGGCGAGGGAAGGAGGGCUGUGCGUCCAUGUGCGCGCGUACACACACAUGUGUACACUCGCUGGCUCCCUUCCAAGCCUUCUCGAACCACGGUGGGCUUGCGCUGGGGUAUUUACGGUAAGGUGGACCCGCCGGCGGUGGCGGAUCCGUGUCAGGUGAUCCGAGGCGAGGAGUCGCCUUUGCUGCUGCCGCUGCCGGCCCUGAGAAGGGAGGAAAGGAAAAUGCAAGAUGGCCCAGCAGCAGUGGCGGGGCUGUGAGGAGGGGCUGCCUGGCGCACCCUCCGCGGCCCUGACGCGCGGGGACCACGGCGAGCGCUGAGUGCCUGCCUGCCUUCCCGCCAGCCUAGACGCGCGCUCAGCUCGUCCGUGCCUCGGAGGCGCAGCGAGACAUGGGGCUUUGCUAUAGCCUGCGCCCGAGGCUCUUCGGCGAAACCGGAGCAGCAGGAAGCAGCGGCGGCGGCUGCUCCAUCUCCAGCAGCGCGGCCGCCACCACCACCUCGGAGACCGAGCAGCACUCGUCGUCGCCACCCCCCACGGGGGAGUCCCUGGCCCGGCCGCCAGCGCCCAGCGGAGUCCAGGCCGGGGCAGGAAGAAGCGCGGGGAAAGGCGGCGGCGGCGGCGGCGGCAGCAGCAGCGGGGAGUCGGAAGGCGGCGGCGGGAAGCCCCGCUCGGGGGAGGUGGACGGGCCGAUGCUGCUCCUGCAAAACGGAGGGGGAAACGGGGCGGCACCCGCUGAGAAAGAGAGGGAGAAGCAACCUCCACCGAAGCCCACCUCGGGCUCUGCCGCCAAGCAGCCGCCGCCGCUGGCGCUGCAGAAACCCUGGGAGAAGCUGCGCCAGGAGGAGCGGGAGGCGGAGAAGGAGGCGAGGAAAGUCAGCAAGAGCAUCGACCGGGUGCUCAAGGAGCAGAAGAGAGAAUACAAGCAAACGCACCGCCUGCUGCUGUUGGGAGCUGGUGAGUCAGGAAAAAGCACUAUUGUCAAGCAAAUGAGGAUCUUGCAUGUAAAUGGAUUUAAUUCAGAAGAAAAGAAACAGAAAAUUCUGGAUAUUCGGAAAAAUGUAAAAGAUGCAAUUGUGACUAUAGUUUCAGCGAUGAGCACUUUAAUACCUCCAGUUCCUUUGGCCAACCAAGAAAACCAGUUCCGAGCGGACUACAUCAAGAGCAUAGCCCCACUUUCUGACUUUGACUACACCCAGGAAUUCUUUGAACAUGCAAAAAAGCUCUGGGACGACGAAGGAGUAAAGGCCUGCUUCGAGAGAUCAAAUGAAUACCAGUUGAUUGAUUGUGCACAAUACUUUCUAGAAAGAAUAGACAGUGUCAGUCUGCCUGAUUACACCCCCACAGAUCAGGAUCUCCUAAGAUGCAGGGUUUUGACAUCUGGAAUUUUUGAGACAAGAUUUCAAGUAGAUAAAGUAAACUUUCACAUGUUUGAUGUAGGUGGUCAAAGAGAUGAAAGAAGAAAAUGGAUUCAGUGUUUUAAUGAUGUGACAGCUAUUAUCUUUGUUGUGGCCUGUAGCAGCUACAACAUGGUCAUAAGGGAAGACAAUAACACAAACAGAUUACGGGAGUCUCUCAACCUCUUCAAAAGUAUCUGGAACAACAGAUGGUUACGGACAAUUUCUAUCAUUUUGUUCUUGAACAAACAAGACAUGCUGGCUGAAAAGGUUUUAGCAGGAAAGUCUAAAAUUGAAGAUUAUUUUCCUGAAUUUACACGUUAUACUGUACCUGAAGAUGCAACACCAGAUGCAGGAGAAGAUCCCAAAGUUACAAGAGCAAAGUUUUUUAUCCGAGAUGAAUUUUUGAGAAUAAGCACGGCAACUGGAGAUGGAAAGCAUUACUGCUAUCCUCACUUUACAUGUGCAGUGGACACAGAAAACAUCCGCAGAGUGUUCAACGACUGUAGAGACAUCAUUCAGAGAAUGCAUCUUCGUCAGUAUGAACUAUUGUAAUCGAGAACACCAAUGGAGCCUGUGGUUUUAAACAUUUUCUUUCUAGACUUCCUCAUACAAAGUAGAGGAAGAUGCUAUAUAGAUACGUCUGCCUCCUCAGUUUGUUUACCUUGAUUAACCUUUCAGCCCAGUCCAUGCUUUUUGAGGACAAUGUGUGUGCUUUAUUUUGAUAUGCCACUUCUUUGUCAUUCCACUAAGGCCUUUGGCUACCUCCGUUUCCUUAAGUUUGGUUGCAUUUGUUUUUUGUUUUUAAUUGGACAUAGCCUGCUAAAUUUUUUCAGCAGGCUUGUUAGUUCAAGCUGGUAUCUGCUAGAUGGGUAACACCAUGUCAUACCUAUAGUGUGUUUGGGUUCCUUUUCUACCAUGACACUGAAGAGUACUUGAUGGGUGGGGGAAAAAAAGAAUAAUGCACUUUGUAUCAGGGUUUAUGAAAUACUGUUGAGGAUGUAUACACGCGUGAUGUAGCAGCACCACAAUAUUUAUUACACUGUCACAGUUUUUAACAAAACUGAGUUGCAGGUCAACUGAUGAAGUGACCUCCUCUUCUAAGCCAUUAUUGGCACAGGAUAUAGAAUAGAUAAUGAGGCACAGGGAAGAUAAGCAAUUUUUCUGGAGGUUUGGAGCAAAGAGUCUCUAGGCACCUCAGGCAUUUGAAUUUAGAGCUACUUUUUCAGCCUACUGCAUCUAGGCAGAAAAUCUACCACCCUCACUUAUGUUGUUUCUUCUGUCCACAAAUGAUCCAACUAGUUUAGAUCAUUUUUGGACAACAGUCUUCGCCCCAGAUAUAUAUAUAUUAUAUAUAUAUAUAAUAUAUAUUAUUUUUGUUUUACUGCUGGUUUAUUAUUAUAUUGUACAGACUGUAAAGUGUAAUAUUAUUUUGUACAAUUUUAUUGAAGAAAAAUACUUGUAGAAGAUCUUUGUGCCUUGAUUAUGGCUGUACCUGUAAAAUGAGCUAAGAUGUAAGUAUGUUUUUGAUUGCGCUGUACAGCUUGAUGUCAAUUUUACCUGCAGCAGUGACUGGAGGUAAGAAACUUCUCUGUAGAGUUUAGGGUUUUUUCUGGUUUAUAUAAAAAGAAAUGCUUUUUAGUAUAAAAAAUUAUAAAUUAUGCAAAUUUUAGUCCUUUACCUUUCCAAGUAAGUUAUUACCACCACCAGAUGUUGCAGCAACAUGCCUUUCUCUCAGUCUCAGCUUUAAAACACUGAAAUUGAUUCAAGUGUCCAAAUUGCAACCUGGUGUUGUUUUCAUGGGAACCAAGGAUUUUGUUUUUACCUUUAGAAAACUAUGUUUGGUAAUUCUUUGGUCAUUCAUAGAUCUUUCACAAUUGCAGAGGUUGUGAAUGUGUAAAAGCACCAUUAGAUUAAGGCUCGUCCAUCUUUGUUGCAACAGCCACUUUCAUUGUGCAAGCAAAUUGCAAGAAAGAAAGGUGUAACCCUUGUGUCUGGCCUAAGAGAAUUCCAAGGUGGCACUUUCAUUUCUCUUAAUAAAGAGAGCUUAGGAAAUGAUUUUAUUUUAACUAUUGUAAAAUCAAAAUGUGUGAAUAUUUCUCAAACUUGAAUAAUUUAUGCAAAUGACAUUCACAAAAUAAGUUGUGGUACAGUACAAUAUAAAAGCAAGAAUUGCUGUAGCAAUAAGGCAUGCCCUUCGUAACUAUAACAUUGCUAUAUAUUUUAUACAUAGGUGUUAUGUCAAAGUACAUACUUUCCUGUGUCCAAGAUAAUCUGUACAAAAGUUUAAAAUUUACAGUUGCAAUAACAAAUUUAGAAGUGUUAGCCAACAUACCUUCAUAAAUUAUUUAUUACUUAGACUUGGAUUAUCUUCAUCCUUUGCUUUAAAUUUCUUCUCUGAAAUGUUUUCAACCACCCAAGGAGCUGGUUUGGGCAAUAUUCCCCAAUGCCAUACCCACCCUCCCGCCAAGCUGGGACAUGCUGUUAAGGAGGGUGAUAUACCAAGAGUACACACAUCCUUACCUGUUUCCUAGUGUCCUGCUGUCCUGGCACCUUCCUUUAUUGUGUGGGAAAGCAGUUCAUCUGAGCCACUGCUCGGCACAUGGCCCAAAUACUAGUUUAAACUGGUAUAUGGGCAGAACAGUGGCUUGGAUGAGUCACCCCCCCACCCCCAUUAUAAAGGAAAGCACCUGGAGGACAGCAUAACCUCAGAAUACACAUAAGGACAUAAAUACUCUCAGCACAUCUCCCUCCUUAAUUAGGAGCCUGUGGGCAGGCGAAGUAUUGUUUGAAGCAGCUCAAGGUGAAGCAGUUUUCAAACAAGGAUAGCAUGUUUGUUGUUUAUAUAAGCCCAGAUCUCUUCCUAAAAACUGGGAAGACAUGUUGUAGUUGUAACUCUGCGGAGGGGUCACAUUAGUAAUCUUUCUAGGUACUGUAUUUUCUAAGAGCCCUUCAACAUUGUAGUCCCACUCUGAAAACAGCUGGUUGGACACAUUUUGAUGAUAUUUCAGUAAUGGUAACCAUGCAUUGUCCCAGAAUGUUAGAAAGACGCUUCUAUUUUGGAAGUGAUUGGCGAUGCCUCUGCUGUGGAAGUGAACCACAUAUUCCUACCGUAACUCCAAAGACAAAGGAAAAAAUGUGAACUACUGCCUGUUAAGUGGGAUAAUGCAAUUUUAAAAACAUAGUUAUUGAGGGAGGUAGAGAGCUGUGUUUGUAUCCCAUUUUCUCCCCUCCCAAAUGUAACAUGGACUAGGCCCUAAAUCUAGGGUGUAAUGUUAACUGUGUGUAGGGGUUGUAAGAUGUUGCAUGGGUGCACCCACAUCCUAAACACUUAUUUACUAAGACAACAGGUCUUAGAACCAGACCAUGAAAUUCAGCUUCAGGACCUCCUGUGGCUUUACCUUAGCAGUGCUGCUAAAGCUUACCCUUGCUUAAAUGUAUUUAUGAUCAGAGAGUAAAGCUCUCUGUCGACACCAUUUUCCUUACAGCCUAUCAGAAAUCUGAAUUGCCAUUGUGUAUAACUUUGACCUAUGUUGCAAGGGAAAGCAGCUGCUAACAUUCUAUUCCAGAAAAUAAUUUCAACCAGGCCUUUUGACAUAGGUCAAUGGGAUACACACAGCUAUUUCAACAGUUCAAAAGGCUUGUCUUCAGUUUUCUGGCCUUGCCAAUAUACCCGGCAAGCUUGCUAGCCAGGUGUUUUGCUGAUCUCUAACAAGAUUGCCAUCUAGAACUAUUUACAACAAACUUAAAGGUGGCUCAUCUGAGGCCAGUAAAUUACUUUUCCUGAAUAGUUUCUCUCUCUCUCUCUCUCUCUGUGUAACAUCUUACUGUAAAAUAACUCUACAUCUUGUAUUGCUGACAUCAAGAAGAAGUACCACAUCAGAUGGUCUCGCAGCAAUAACACUUUAAAAUUGUUUCCAGUUAGAAAGACUUGAGCCUCUAGCAGCAUAGGUCACACUAGUGCAGACACAAAAGGAGGCUUAUAGGAUUUACAUAGUGUACAGUUACAAACUUUUAAUAUACAUAUUUGAUACAAAAAACUUUAGCAAGAAAAUGACUCAUUUGAUUGUAGAAUACAAUAUUUUUGUACAGCAUGAAGCAUUCAGUUAAUUUAUCCUGUAGUAAAAGUCAUAUCAACUGUACAGGACUUUCUAUAUGUAAAGGCAACCUGCCUUUGGGCUAGCAAUUCAAGUAUGCAUUUGCUGGCAUGAAUGUAGUCUGACAGACUGUUCUUUAGCUUUGGUGUGUCAGUGACCGAUUUCAAAUGUCUGACUCUUCAUACUGCUUUAUGCUUAGUGAUUAAAUGCUGAACAAAACGAAAAGGGGAAAUGAGAAGCUUAAAGUGAGCUAGUAUGACAACCACAAGCACAGCUCCUGCUGUACAGUAGAUAGUAAUAAUCGUGUUCUCAAAUGGAAGAAAGCAUUUGUAGAGGGAGAAGUCUGUCGAUGUUAGGCUGCCCUGAGAAAGAAAUGAAAACAAUAGGGGUUGAUGAAGUUGGGGGCAAAUGGUUAGCAAUCUGGAGGUUUUUUAAUUAUAUUGGUAGGAUAGCUCAAUUUUUCUCAUCAUGUCAGUGCUUUCAACUGUCCUGUGGAUAAAUGACUCGGGCAGCUUUGAAACUGCUUAUGUUAGCCACUUCACUGUUAAGCAUUGAGCUGCCCUGGGCUGAUGUGCCAUUUGAAGGACUUUGAUCCUCAGUAAGAAUAGAGCAGCAGCUAUAUAACUGGGCAGGGGCAGGCUCUCCAGGAAAACAUGGACUGAGUGCUCAAAACUAGGGGUGUGCACAGAACCAGCUGGCGCGGUUCAGUUCGAGUCUGAACUGGAUCCGAACCUGACCGGAUGAGUUCGGUCCCCCUCAAGCCCCACCCACCCCAGUUUGCGGGGGGGGGGGGUCACAAAUAUAUUUUUCCCCAGGGAAAUUUUUAAAAAAUAAUAACUUUUCUCCCUUCCGGGGGAGUUCCUUGGGGGAGGGUCCACAGUGGUUCCCCUCCCCGACCAGCCUCCGAAAUCACCUCCUCUGGUGAUUUUGGCCCAUUUGGGCCUCUGUAGAUUGGCGCGGUGGCAAAAAUGGCAGCCACGCAUGCGCAGAUGGCCUCUGCGAGGCCUGGCAUGGCCUAAGGCCUCACAGAGAGCAUUUGCACAUGUGCAGUGGCCACCAUUUUGGCUGCCAUGCCAAUCUACAGAGGCCUAAACGGGCCAAAAAACUAGCCAGAGGAGGUGAUUUCAGAGGCCAGUGGGGGGAGGGGGAACCUCUGGAGGGACACACCCCUGCCACCCCAAGGAACUCCCCCAGAGGGGAGAAAAAGUUUUAAAAAUUUUCAGGGGGGUUCAGUUUGACCCCGAACCAUCGAACCCCCAAACCACAUGCUACCUACUGGCCACAAUCUAAAAGAGAACUAACAUCUUAAGCCUACCAUAAUCAAUGGGCUUAAAGAUGCUUAAUUGUAUUGGGUUAUAUGGCUGACAUACUACACACCAUUACGUCAGUCACAAUGUAACAUUCUGCAGUUUUGCAAGAGUGCUAUUGCACUAAACACAAGAACGUCACAAAUGCAGUUACACAACUGACAGCCAUGAUUUCCAAUGGCCUUCAGUUGUACAACUGCAAGAGCAUUCCUGCACAACUGCAUGAAUGCUACAUUGCAGUGCACAUGUAACAUGUAGAAUAUUAGCCACUCUGUACCAGAAAGGACCAUAUGUUUGAGGCAGCAUGAGAUGAGACCAGAUUAGUUAUCUUGUAGUACUGGAAUGUGUAUGUGUGGUGAGGAAGAUGCAGGUAAUUUAGGCCACUAACUAAACAUCAUGCACGCUUCAGAGUGCUGGGACAUAACAUUCUGAAGUGAAUUGGAGUCUUUGGAAAGUACCACUCUAAACAAAAUGAAUAACGGAGGAAGACCACAUGCUUUACAAGCAGCACUGUUUAACAUCAUGUUAACUUGUUAUGUGAGGAAAAUCUUUAUUUAUGAACUAAAUACAACAGAGAUCCAUAACUGCUUUAUCUUUUUCCAUGCACAAGAGGCUGAAAAAGUAAACUUAGCAUAGGACUUCAUUUUUGAAAAUAGGGGGGAGGAAAGUGUUUAGAACUGGGGAACUGUUGCGCUACAGGCUAAUCUACUAAGAGUUGUAAUCUAGUAUAUCCAAAGUAAGCAUACUGUGAAUUAGGUUCACCUGAAUAGAGUUUUGCUGCCCUGUGAGAUAGUUUGCACUUUUGAUGGACAAAAGAAUCAUACAGAAAAAUAAAAGUCUUGCGGAUGAAUCAGCCCAGCAAAAACAAGUCUUAAUACUGUUUGUUGCAGACUACUGAUGAUUGUUGCAGUCAAAUUGUUUACACUGCAUCCUCUUUAUAGAAACAUACAGAAUUAUGCUUGUAUUUAGAAACUGUUGUAAAACUCUGAAAAAUACUUUGCACUAUACAAGCUGGAUGGUUCCCCAAGUAUGUGCUUUAUGAAGUGGAUGCUUUGUAUUCAACUUAAGUGUACUUUUGGAGAGGAUGGGAGGAGCUGGUUUGUUUUGCUUUUUUACAGGUAGCCAUCAGUCUGAGAAAAUAGCUGAUUGCUAUGUUGAUUUAUAUUAUGAGAAUUUAUCUGACAAAAUAAAAAUUAUUUAAAUUUA